AACAGGGCCCCGACUAUGGAUAGGUAUCGGUAUAUUUUUCCACAAUAUAUAAACACACGUGAGUUCAGAAGAUUAUCUAGUUAUAGGAAGCGGGCUGAAACUCAUACAGAAAAAGAAACUCCAAUCUCAAUUAAGCUGGCCCAGAUGAUGCGUUACACUGUGACUUUAUGUUUACUAUUGUGCCCGCUCGUAUAUGGGGCAGAUGGGGCGCCGGAAGAUAGCGAUGAAGUUAUCAGAGAACGUUUCGAAGCUUUGGACUGUACCAACACUACAUGCUACAACAUCAAAACUGAAGGAGAUGAUUUAGUAUCGUGGUAUCAGUAUUCACAGUCCUCAUGUAAACGUAAUGGAAUGACACCAGCUAAACCGCCAGACGAAGAAACAGCGAUGUUCCUCAUGGACUUGGCAAACAGGACGAUAACUAAUAACUCUUAUGUGUGGCUUGGUCUCUCUCAAGAAGAGACAGUAAAUUCAUCAGCUUUCAGUAAUCUUUGGCGUGAGUCCCAACCACAAACAGUAGAACACGGAAAAGUCAGAAUGAACGGUGAAGACGGCUACAAGUGGGAGAUAGCCGAUCCGAGUAGCAAGGGUUGGACGCUGUGCGAAAUUCCCAAAGGUAUUAUGUUCAAAAUCUCCUGA